AAAACAAAAAAGGAAAGAGUAAAUAAAAUGGUCAAGUUUUUAGUAAUCUUCUGGUUUGUGGUCAUAAGCUUUAGUCAUGUCUCUGCACAGGUAUGCCUUGAAAGAUCUGGUUUCUUCACACCCAAUAGUACUUACGACUUAAACCGCCGAGUCCUGCUUUCUUCUCUUCCUCUAAUGUCACAGCUAUCGACGGCUUUUACACGACAUGGAUCGGGGAACAUCCAAACAGAGCAUAUGGUCUAGGGAUGUGUGUCCCAGGUACUGAUGCACACUCUUGUUCUGAUUGUAUCAUCCUUCAAAUGCUAGAUUGUUGCAGAAUUGUACUAAUCAGACAGAAGCUAUAGUCUGGAGAAUUGAUAGAACAGUUUGUCUUGUACGUUACUCAAACCGCUCGUUUUAUAGUUCCCUUGGUAUGGAGAUUCUGAGGAGUGAUAACUAUACCAGAGAUUUUCAAGCUAACUUGACGGAUUUGGAAAUUACAUGGGAGGCUUUGAUGAUUCGUAUGAUAGACCAAGCUUCAUAUUUGUACUAUGCAGCCGGGAUACGAAAGCUUGAGACGUCUAUCUCACGCAUUUACGGUUUUGUGCAAUGCAGUAGAGACUUAUCUCUUCAAAACUGCACCAAGUGUCUACAACAAAACGUGGUUGAGUAUAGGUCAUGUUGCCGUGGGAGACAAGGAGGUAUUAUUUUGAGGCCAAGCUGUUUCAUUCGAUGGGAGCUUUAUCCGUUCUUGGGACUUUUUGAUAAUAUUCGUCCUCGUCAAAAAGAUGGCAAAAGCAUUUCUACAGGAGCUAUUGUGGCGAUUAUCGUUGUUCCCAUCUUAUUGCUUGCUCUAGGAGUUGGUCUUUGGAAGAGGAGAAAAGCAUAUAAAACAAAGACAACUAAAAUAGCAGAUGAUAUUACAACUUCAGGUUCACUUCAGUUCGAGUUUAAAGCAAUUGAAGCUGCCACAUGUAAUUUUCAUAAUGUUAACAAGCUUGGUCAUGGUGGUUUUGGUGAAGUUUACAAGGGAACAUUUCCGAAUGGAACAGAAGUUGCUGUGAAGAGGUUGUCUAAAACGUCAGGACAAGGUGAAGAAGAGUUCAAGAACGAGGUGUUUCUUGUAGCAAAGCUUCAACAUAGAAAUCUUGUUAAGCUUCUCGGGUAUGCUGUCAAAGGAGACGAAAAGAUAUUAGUCUACGAGUUUUUGCCUAACAAAAGUCUCGACCACUUCCUCUUUGACCCGGUAAAGAAGGGUCAACUAGAUUGGACAAGAAGAUACAACAUUAUUAAUGGAAUUACUCGAGGGAUUGUGUAUCUUCAUCAAGAUUCACGGCUUACAAUCAUACACCGUGACCUCAAAGCGGGUAACAUUCUCUUAGAUGCCGAUAUGAACCCGAAAAUCGUGGAUUUUGGUGUGGCUAGGAAUUUUAGAGUGGACCAAACUGAAGCUACCACAGCAAGAGUAGUUGGAACAAUCGGUUACAUGCCACCCGAAUAUGUGACGAAUGGGCAGUUCUCGACGAAAUCUGAUGUGUAUAGCUUUGGAGUAUUGAUUCUGGAGAUUAUUGGUGGGAAAAAGAAUAGUAGCAUCAACGAGACAGACGGCUCAAUAAGUAACUUAGUCACAUAUGUAUGGAGGCUUUGGAACAAUGAACCAUUGUUGGAACUGGUAGACGCACCCAUGGGGGAGAAUUAUGAUAGAAAUGAAGUCAUUAGAUGCAUUCACAUUGGAUUGUUAUGUGUUCAAGAAAAUCCUGCUGAUCGUCCAACGAUGUCUACAGUCUUUCAUAUGCUCACAAAUACUUCAAUUACUCUACAUGUGCCUCAACCACCAGGAUUUGUCUUUAGGGUCAGAUUCAAGCCAAAUCCCUUAGCUGAUAGAUUGCAGCGUGGUCCGUCUACUAGCAUGUCUUUUUCUUGUUCUGUAUCGGUCACGUGUGUUAGUCCUCGUUAAAAGCGAGGCUAAUGUUGUAUAUGUAGAUUCUUUCAUAAACCAAUUAUUGACAAAAAUGAAUAGCUUAAUAUCAAUUAGUCUGGAAGGAUAACC